AUGUUCGGUCUCCGUACAAAAGAUCACCAGUCCUCGAUAUUUGAUGAUGAUGAUGAUGAUGAUGAUGAUGAUAUCUAUCCGGCAACGUUACUAGACGAUACAAAAGCUCAGCGCGACAUGAUUUUGCAUUGGACGUUCCAUUUCAACGAUGUACUCGACACUGACAAACUACGUACUUCGCUUGUGACACUCCUUGAAAUUGGAGAUUGGAGAAAAUUGGGCGGUCGCUAUAGGAUCAAUGCCAAUGGCAAGGCGGAGUUCCAUGUUCCCAAGACGUUUACUGAAGAACGGCCACCUUUUCAGUACUCGCAACGGCAUUUCGAUAUGAAGAUUGAGAAUCAUCCAAUAGGUCGAAAAUUCCCUCAGGCAGGAGAACAGCCCAGUCUUCAUCCAGGAGGGUACGAGUUCAAGGAUCUCGCUACCGCACCAGACAACGCCGUGAAUGGCUGGGAUCUUCUGGUAGGCAACAAACCACAAAUGGCUCUCAACAUUGUAUCUUUCAAAAAUGCAACUCUUGUCACUUUGGUGCUCUCACACAUGCUCAUGGAUGCCGGUGGUUUGCAGGCCUUGCUACAAAACUGGUCACUGGUGCUUGCAGGCCGCGAGUCUGAAGUUUCGCCUGUGUUUGGUGCACGAAAGGAUGUCACUUGUGACAUAGCAGAAGGCCGCACGGAAGAUCCUUCCGAAGGUUUUAUCCAAGAAGAGUUAGAAAUUGCUCCCAAGCGCAUCAAAGGGCUCAAAAUGUUUGUUUUUGUCAUGCGCUUCCUCUGGGAAUUGAUUUGGUACGGUAAACCCGAGUCACGUACGAUAUUCCUCCCAAAAGCAGCCGUUUCUCGAUUGCGACAAGAGGCAUUAGAAACUUUGACCCUUACAGAGGGACGCAAUGGAGAUGAGGAGCCGUUCAUAAGCGAAGGGGAUGUUUUAUCGGCAUGGACAGCAAAAAUGGUUGCCUCAUCGGAUCCACGUCAACUUCCAGUUUCAAUCCUCAACGCAGUCAAUCUAAGGUACCGAUUUGAUUCAAUGAAACACGCCACAGGCGUAUACCUUCAGAACCUAGCCCUUUGCGAAUUCACCUUUGUUUCCCCCACCAUGGCCCGAGGUCCUCUUGGUCCCAUCGCCCUAGCAAACCGCAAGCAUUUGAUCCAACAGACAACAAAAUCACAAAUCCGGGCUUACCUAAGGAGUGCGAUUGCCGAAAGCCAAAACGGCUUAGACACUAUUCUCUUUGGCGAACCUAAUAUGCUCUUGAUUAUCAUCACCAACUGGACCAAGGCGGAGUUGACGCAAGCAGCAGACUUUAGUACAGCUGUCCUUCGGGUUGGGGAUAAGAGUGAGAAGAGGAAGAAUGCAAAGGGCCGAAUGAUUCAGCUUUCUGUUGCGCCUGCCAAGGAGAGUUUCAUGUCGAAGAACGUCAUGAUGAUCAAGGGAAAGGAUCAUGGAGAUAAUUAUUGGCUUGAUGGAUGUUUUCUUCAAAAGGCAUGGGUCAAAUUCGACGGAGAAUUAGCAAGAUUGAGCACCGAAUCUUGCCGGCGGCAGCCAACGUAA